UUUCUCGCUUAGCAGCGAGCACUCACGAAGAAUCGUUCACAGUUUGCAUUCUUAGUAUUUCUGAAAAUGACCCAGCGUAAGGACAUUUGGCAAAGUCGAUAUUACACGAUUCCUAGAUUCUACAUGACUUUAGCAGGACUAUGGCCGUAUUAUCCGAUUUGCGACAGAUACUUUCACUUCGUGCCGAUAUUCACGAUUUGUUCGAUCAUCCUAAUACCUCAGCUAUUGUACGUGCUCAUCGCCUUGACGGAUCUCGAUGAUCUGUUCGAAUGCAUACCAACGAUAUUGAUCACGAUAAUAUUCAGUUUUAAGUUAGCGAGCUUAAUGAUGAACAGUGAGAAAGUAAGUAAAGAUUAUAUACGAUUCCACUGAUGCAAUUAAAAUUAC